AUGGCAACCGAGAACUUUACGCCCCUGAAGGGUCACUGUACAUGCAAGACCAUCACAUACGAAGUUCUUGCCCCCUUUCUCUGUACAAAUUGCUGCCAUUGCACAUGGUGCCAGCGCGAAACUGGUGCCGCCUUCGCCAUAAAUUCAAUAAUCGAAACAUCAAACUUUCGUUUCACUUCAGAGACUAAACCAAUCCUCAGCGACCUACCCACAGCCUCUGGUGACGGCCAAAAGGCUGCUCGAUGCCCGAAUUGCUCCGUAAUACUUUGCACUGAUUAUGGUGACGACUUCACGUGGACGACGUUUGUAAAAGUGGGAACAUUGGACGAUGAAAGCAAAAAUAUUGUCAAACCGGAUGUUCACAUUUUCACGUCCACUAAAAUGGAAUGGGUCGACUUGACUAGUGAAAAGAAGAGGGGUAUACCAAUUUUAGAGGCGUCCUAUAAAGCUGCUCAGGUGUGGAAGAAAGAUGCGCUGGAGAGGUUUGAUGUGCUGAAACAGAAGAUGAAGAAAGCGGAGGCGGAGAAAGAGGAGAGCAAGUCAACAGGCGAUAGAUAA